AUGUUCUCUCCGACCUGGAACAGCAUCCUGGAAGACACCAAUGACCCUCUGGCGAAGGCAGAAGUGUUUGCCGAAACAUGUCGGUGUCCUUCAUCUGACCACAGCGUGCGCAUGGCGAGUGGGAGUGUCCCCUUGGCUGGCUGUGUGUCAGGUUUUGUCCACGCACGGCCCUGCAAGCACCACCACGGCGAUCAUUCCACGAGCGGGUGGCUCGGUGAAAGGAGCCCGACGCCUCUCUCUUGUCAAGCCUUCAGGAAGAUGCCCACUUCGGGUAACUUCCGCAUGACUGCCACGUUACUUUUUAGUCCUUUUUUAAAAUAUUACUUUGACAUUAACAGUGAGGAGUGCUCAGAAAACAACAUAUCGACCACUAAGUACUCUUGCGUCAAAUCGAGUGGAGAAGUUGCAACAUGCUACAGAAAGCAGUGUUGCCAAGGCUUCAAGUUCGUGCUGGGUCAGUGCAUUCCCGAAGACUACGACGUAUGUGCUGGCGCUCCCUGCGAGCAGCAGUGCAGCGAUCACUUUGGCCGCGUGGUGUGCACCUGUUACGCCGGCUUCCGUUACCACCGCGAGCGCCACCGGAACCGUGAGAAGCCUUACUGUCUGGAUAUCGAUGAAUGUGCUGACACAAAUGCAACAGCGUGUUCCCAACUCUGCAUCAACACAGUUGGGAGCUUCCAGUGUGAGUGUGUUCCAGGCUACUUCCUGGAAGAAGAUGGACGAACGUGUUCUAAAGGAGAGAGAGUGCUGCAAAACGUCUUGGAGAAAUCUGACAAUGUGAUGAACACGGGGACCUGCUCGGCCACGUGUGACGACUUUCAGCAGAUUAAAGCUACUGUGUUGCAACUGAAACAGAAGGUGAGUAUGCUGUCAAGCAAUACUGAUGUUCCACAACAAUGGACCAACGACAAGAUCCCAGCUGCCUUUUUGACAGGGCCCCCCGGCCUGCCUGGUCCACAAGGAGAUCCAGGACAAAAAGGACAGCCAGGGCUUGUAGGACUGACAGGGCCCCCAGGUAGUCCUGGACCAAGAGGCCUGAUGGGACCCAUUGGUCCCACGCCAGACUUGUCUCACAUCAAACGAGGCCCCCGUGGACCUGUGGGGCCUCCAGGAGCGCCGGGAAAAGACGGACAUAAGGGGGAGAGAGGAGCACCCGGGCCUGUAGGACCUCCAGGUCUUCCAGGUUCGUUCGACUUCCUGCUGCUACUCAUGGCCGACAUCCGCAACGACAUCACCGAACUGCAGAACAAAGUAUACGGCCGAGUGCCCCUCUACCCGGGGGAAGAGCUCCCCGCCGCGCCCGGCGGCUGGCGAGACGACCAGGAAGCAGGCUCGGGCGAGGACUACCGUGAGACGCCGGCCCCGCAUUCCAAGAGGACCCGAAAGAAGAAGCCACCACGAGGAAGAACAAACCACAAUGGAUUCUAA